AGCGCAAAUGACCACCAGGCCCGAGGCGGGAGGCGGAGUAACUGUGCCCGAGGUCCGCGGUCUCUCGGGGUCGUGCACCCGGCACUCGCAGUCGGGCACAACUUAAGGAAAUGAUACGGUAGUCCGAAGUGGGUUGCGCUUGAGAUUUCAUUUCCGGGUGUGAUGGCCCCGCGAUUAAAAGCGAGCCGAAACGUUGCAUUAAUGAUGAAUUUGAAGACCUAUUUGAAGAUGAAAAAGAAUAUGCUCUUCUGGCCAUCAGAGCUUUGCUGAAACCAAUAGUUACUAAAGAAGAAGGGUCCUUGUAACUCCUACCGAAGAUCAAGGGCAGAGAGGUUAUGAAUUGUGGGAGGCGCUCCAGUGAAGAAAUGGACCAGUCUGCAUAAUCAUGGACUCUCCUUGCUGACCAUCACCACCUGCUGUCCUUGAUAAGUGAGAGAGAGUGGGUCAGGGGAGAAGGAAAAGAGGUCAACAUGAAGCUAAAGCAGCGAGUCGUGCUGUUAGCAAUUCUUCUUGUCAUCUUUAUCUUCACCAAAGUUUUCCUGAUUGACAACCUAGACACAUCAGCUGCAAACCGAGAGGACCAGAGGGCUUUUCACAGAAUGAUGGCUGGCUUGCGGGUGGAGCUGGUGCCCAAGCUGGACCACACCUUGCAGUCUCCCUGGGAGAUUGCAGCCCAGUGGGUGGUUCCCCGGGAAGUGUACCCAGAAGAGACACCAGAGCUGGGGGCAAUCAUGCAUGCCAUGGCCACCAAGAAAAUCAUUAAAGCUGAUGUGGGUUAUAAAGGGACACAACUGAAAGCCUUACUCAUACUUGAAGGAGGACAGAAAGUUGUCUUCAAACCUAAACGGUAUAACCGAGACUAUGUGGUAGAAGGGGAGCCCUAUGCUGGUUAUGAUAGACACAAUGCAGAGGUAGCAGCCUUUCAUUUGGACAGGUAUGUGUCAUCAUGGAGGGUCAUUUCAUUCUGGUAUACCACCAUGAGUGAAGAUAUUCUUGGUAAAUACAAUGGCAGGAUGAAAACCAGAGUUGGAACUCAAGUCCCUAAAUUGAAUUCAUCAUUAAUUGGGCCUGAGAUGUAUUUGGCUCCUUUCUCUCCCAUAGGAAAUAACACUUGUUUCUAUGGGAAGUGUUAUUACUGCCGAGAAACAGAGCCAGCUUGUGCUGAUGGAGACACGAUGGAGGGAUCUGUCACACUUUGGCUUCCAGAUGUGUGGCCUCUGCAGAAACACCGACACCCGUGGGGCAGGACUUACCGCGAGGGCAAACUGGCCAGGUGGGAGUACGAUGAGAGCUACUGCGAUGCUGUGAAGAAAACAUCCCCCUAUGACUCAGGCCCCCGCCUCUUGGACAUCAUUGACACUGCCAUCUUUGAUUACCUGAUCGGCAAUGCUGAUCGCCAUCACUACGAGAGUUUUCAAGAUGACGAAGGCGCCAGUAUGCUCAUCCUUCUCGAUAAUGCCAAAAGCUUUGGGAACCCGUCGCUGGAUGAGAGAAGCAUUCUUGCCCCCCUCUAUCAGUGUUGCAUCAUUCGGGUGUCCACCUGGAACAGACUGAACUACCUAAAAAAUGGUGUGCUGAAGUCUGCCUUAAAAUCUGCCAUGGCCCAUGACCCCAUCGCCCCUGUGCUGUCCGAGCCUCACCUGGACGCCGCGGACCAGCGGCUCCUGAGCGUCCUGGCCACCGUGAAGCAGUGCACUGACCAGUUCGGGGCGGACGCCGUGCUGGUAGAAGACAGGAUGCCUCUCUCCCACUUGUAAUCCGCACCGCAGGAUAAGCGAGACUCCUUUUUACAAAGCGAGAGAAACAGCACAAUCACUUCCGAACGGUCUGGGGUGGAUCGGAAACGGCCGGCAGCAAGCUCUGGUGACGGGGGCAGGGUGGCCUUGGAUGCCUUUGGCGAUUUCUCUAGGAGAAAUGAAAGCAAAGACUACAGGUGUCCGAGCCCAGGAGUGUUGCUGCUGAACCACCCGGCGUCCCCGGCCUCGGCCCCUCCAGCAACGGGCCUCCUGGCUACUCUGGCCUCCCUCGCACGCCACGGGACAGACAGAGGUGUGACGUUUGGCUAGGCUAAUGCUGGGAUUGGUUCCGGAGUGUGUAGUUUGAGUUCAUCCCUAGAAUCCUUUCUCCACCCCUGUGGAGUUUCUGAAAACACUUGGCCAUCUCUGGAGUCCUUUUUUCACUGGGACUAGUCCAACUGGGAGUUUGACAGCCUCCUGAGGAGGCGCAGCCAGGAAAACCUGGCCUUCUCUUGAGCCAGAAUAGCAUGCUCUGUGGGAAGGGAUACGUGUUUGGGAUAGAAUUAGUGGGAAAGACAAACGCAGGGAAGAUGCUUGGGCUUUUAAGCGAUUGGCUGGUAGUGCUUUUCGUGAUCUCUUAGAGGAGGGAGGAAGAGACGGCACUGGAAGCGGGGCGUGGGGGGACGGUAUUUGAGUUCUGCGGGUGUGGAAAAGCAAACAUGACUGGAACCUCAGAUCUGCGUGCUCACAGCUGUGUCCCAGUUAGCCCCCAGACUGUCCAAGCAGGAUUCGCUCAUGGAGACUUUUCUUUCUCCCUUUUGCCCAAAGCAGGCAAAUCCUUUCUGAAUUAACAAAGCAAACUGAGCUAAUAACCCCUUGAAUGAGAGUUAAGUUGCCUGCGAUCUCUGCCAUCCUGAUUUCUCAUCUGAAAUGAAUUUCCACCUCAGCCUUUAAGGCAUUUGGUCACUGAAGCUGCUCUUCCCAAGAGAUUGGCGGUCCUGUCUGUCCCUUUCUCGUGGGAAAAGCCAGCUCCCUGGCUCGGCCGACCCCGCGUGUUCUGCUGGCGGCUGGGCCUGUCUUGUGAUGUGGGCCAUGCCGACGACUGGGAACAGCGUUGAAGCUCUCAGAGCCUCAAAAUGAAGGAGGUUACCAGGAAGAGCCUUAAGAUUUUGAUUUGUGUCAAGCCCUCAUUUCCUUGUUUAAUUUCGUUGGGCAUUCAGAGGCGGUGGUGGAGCGCCAGUGUCCCUGUCCCGGGCGACAGAAUCCCAGGCUCAGCUCGGUCUGUGUUCCAGCAGAGCGUCUCGGACCCGUGAGCCGUCGCAGCCUGCCUGGCGGCCAGGCCAGCCUUGCACUUCUGUCGAGCAGGGGCUGCUAUUUAAACAGUGUGGGAGAGCAAAUGUAAUGCCAGCCAGUGGAGACCAGUGUGGGGCAGCCUCCCUUUCAAAAACAGCCUAGAGUCUGUGUCCUCAUUUUCUCGCGUUGAAAGACAGCUAAGUAACCUGUAACUAAACAGCAUGAGGUCAGGACGCUUUUGUACUUUGUAUGUACAUUUUGAGACAUCCACAAGAAUGGGUUGAGUUGUAAAAGAAGGUAUUGAACCUAACUAAGAAGCCAGGUAUUAGCACUAAACACUGAAACGGUGUUAACAAAAGGAGGCCUUAGAUUCCAAUUUUAAGGCCAUUUCCUCGUGCGUCAAGUAAAAUUCCCAAUUGAGCUGGAGAAUACCGUGGAUGGUGCUCGCGCAGAGCAUCGGGGAGCUGGCUGGAGGGAGACAGUGGGCACGAGGCAGCGCGCUCGCCUGGGUGAAUGUUGGUUCAACUAAAUGAUGGACCAAUGUUCUUGCAGACACGGGGCGCCUGUAGUCUGCCGUAGCAGAAUGAGUAAGAAUUGUUCCCCAACUGGGAGCUUCAUUCAUAAUGUUGAAGGCAGAAGAUAUUGCUAAGGAAGCAAGCAGGAGGGAAUGUCGCAUCGUUUUUUCAAAACACUGCAGAAAAUGUAUAAUUUCAUUCUCUUUCCUACUGUUUUAAAAUUCUUGAUCUUAAGAGGUGUUCAGAUCUAUUGAGGUUGAAGUCUUAAGCUAAUAGGGUGGUGUCACAGGACUCUUGGAACAUAGCUUUAUGUUCUCAUCAGGAUUGGAUUAAGUUAAGUUUAGGCAAAUCUUAGAGAAAACCAACCAAAAGCUUAUAGCCGUGAAAUGCACAAAAACCAAAUUCUGUUUGAAAAACAGAGGCUGUUAUCUUUUUUUUUUUUUUUUAGUUUUGUCACCGUGUCCUCUUUGUGGUUUCUUUAGCACUAAUAGACAAGUCACUAGAAGGGUUCCUGGGCAGCCCUAGGUUGGGUGUGCCUAGCCAACAUCUAAAGGUAGAGGUGGAUACAUUUUAUAUUUUCCAGCUAGGAAAAUCAGAACUGACUGCCAUUUCCUUACCUCCUCCCACUCCUUAAAUACGUUUAUUCCAGAGUUUGAGUGGGGAAAUAUGGGUAUAGAAGUUUUAUUCUAAAUUGUUCUUUUAAUAUGAGGCUAUAUUGUGGGUUUGGGUGUAAAUAAUUUUCUGUGCAAAACAAAUUAAUAGGAUCUGUGAUUUGCUCAGAGUAUUGUUCGAUAAUAUAUUAAUAAGGCAUUUCUCCCUGUUGCACUCAGGACUAAUAUAUCAAGUGAAAUUUAAGGAGGAAAUGGAAGAAUUCAGGUACAUCCAUUGCAUAUUAUUUGGGGAAAGAUGAAUCCUGUACAUGGCAAUUUUUCAGUGUCACCUGAACAAGUUCUUCCAAGGAAAUUCGUGUUUUCUUUUCCGUUAAAAAAAAAAAAAGAAAGGCUUUUCCUUCUCAUCCACCAUAUUCCUUUAGCGUCCAUUCUCAGUGGCCCCUGUAUCAUCUCAUUUGACUGUAAAUGACCACACCUCAGUGGCGAUAAAACCGCAUCUGUCAGUGAGCUGUCCUAUAGGCGUGAUCUUGUGAGCUUGAGCUUCAGGAAACAUGAGUAAAGGCAUAUGUAUGUAUAUAGUCGUAUCUGUAUUGUAGCAAGAAAAAAAUGUAUUUAUUUUGACACAGGAAAACACUGACUUAUGUUGCUGAAGAACUUGAAACUAGUGAAAGGGUCACUCCUCAGUCUCUGCGAGUGGCCCCGACGUGACAUAAAAGACCAUUCAGCCGGCACCUGCUGGGCAGCUCUGGUGAGCCGGCCGUGGCUAGGCACCCACGGGAGCCAGACACACCUGACUUCGUGCAGCCUGUCGUCCAGGGGAAGGCCAGUUUCUCUCCCUUCGAUGCCUCCAGUCUGGGUUGAAAAGGCAGGGGCUGGGGAUGCCACCGCCACAGGUUUUUAAAGGAACUAAGGUGUUACUCGCAAAUACAAAGCCUAAGGGGGGGAGCUGGGAAUAACUUACUGGGAAGCUAAUUUAUUUGCUUAAAAGGGAGGUGUAGGAACCACUACCCUCUGUUUUGAUCUGCCAAGGGUUUCGUCUCAGCCCUGCCGCAUGGCGGGGAAUUGGGCUUGGUAAGACACCAUACAGGACAGAUACGCACCAAAAUUUCUAAUGUGUUCUAUGGGUUUCAAUUCUAAAAAAAAAAAAAAAA